AUGAGAAGGCUCGGAAUUAUGAGAAAGACGCAUAUAAUAUUACCUGAACAAUGCAAUCAAAUGUUACAUUCUGUCGUUGCAGCUGGAAUAUUUACGACUCAUUGUGAAAGUCACGUGACAUAUUGGCCUCUUGACACGCAGACAUGUGACGUCAUUCUUAGCUCAUGGUCCUACACAGUUAAUGAAGUUGCACUAGACUUUGAACAACUUCAUUCAAAAAUUCUGACGUCAUUUUAUCAAGAAAAUGGAGAAUGGGAACUAAUAAGCAAGGAUCACACUUCUCGCGAGACUCGACGAGAAUCCGAGAGUUUCAGUCGACUGAUCUUCACAUUGAAAUUUCGUCGCCGACCUCUUUUUCAUAUGCUGAACACACUUUUCCCCGUAGUGCUUAUGGGCUUUCUGACAGUGGCUGUAUUCAAAUUAAGUCCGGAGUCCGGAGAGAGGGUUGGUCUGGCACUUACAAUACUACUAGCCUACGCGGUUUAUCUUAGCGUUAUGGCUGAGAGCAUCCCACAAACCUCUUUGUCUGCUAGCUUGCUUUCUUCUUACAUAGCGGCUAUCCUGUUUCUGCAAACGCUGGCGGUACUCCUAACAGUAUUUUAUCUUGAUACCUAUUUCACACCUGAAGAAAGACCUGUUCCAAAAUGGCUGCAGUCAGUGACGUCCUCAUUUUUGUCGAAGCUCGCGUGUGUGGAUUGUCAUACGACAACUAUGAAAGUUUCUCCAAAUUUGACGGAAGUCAGCGGAGAUAAGAGAGAUGUUUCAAUUGAAGAUUACAAAGAGGACAACAAAGAAGUUUGGGUAGACGAAGUUGAUGAAGAACGGUCAUGUAGACAAUAUUCAUGGAAGGAAAUAGCCUUGCUCCUCGACAAAGUUACAAUGUAUAUAUAUUUAUUUCUUGUUACAGGCAUUACUGUUGGGCACGAGGGACAUCUUACAACCUGUAAGAAUACCGGAAAUCACCGUCUGGUAUGCAAGAAAAUUUACGUUAUCCUUAUGGGAGAAACUAACAAACAGUUUGAAGGGUAUCUGGCUCUGUCUUCUGAUGUUUUCUUUGACUGCAAAGUUGCUAUUGUGGAUUUUAAGUACGGUAACACACAGAACCCACAGAAUGUAUGA